UACUGUCCGUACACACUAAACACACCUCUCUCUCUCUCUCUCUCUCUCUCUCCUCCCCCCAACGGUCAUAUUUCACCGACAACCCUCCAACGGUCAUAUAGACUCUCACUCUUCACCGUGUGAUCUCUCUAUCCAACGGCCACAAAACGAAGUUUCCUCCAACAUCCUUUUCACGCAACCAUCAUUUUUUUCUUUCCUUUUGUCCAUCAAUGCUGGUAAAAUCAAAUCAGUAGUCAUUUACAAACACAGAAAAAAAAGCAAACGAUAGAGACGGCCAUGGCAGCGGUAGUGCUACUAGUAGUUAUUGCUGUAUAGUGGUAGAGUAAGUGUGUAGGAUAUAGUAGAAGAAAGGUGGGUGUCAGUAUAUAAAAGCACAGGUGUCUUAUUGGUUAUGGUUUUUUUGGGUACUGAGUGCUGCUGAGAGGUCUGUAUUUUUGCUGUUAAUAACUUCUUCUCCUUCUCCAUGCAUGUUUAAAGGGUCUUUUCGGAGCUUGGAAUUCUGGGUUUUGAUUCUCAUUCUGUUCUAGCUAUGGUGUACUUCAUGGUUUUUUCAAAUGCUGAACUGGGUCUCAUAAUUUCUCAGGAUUUCAUCCAUGAGCAAGUAUGUUUCUAUAUUUCCCUUCAUAUUGUGAGUUCCGUUGAGAAGAAAAAUCAUAGCUUUUCCCAAUGAGUUUUUUCUGAACAUUUUGGAAUCCGAUGAUCAUUUUCUGGUAGGUCUUUAAAAUAGUUUAUCAAUUCUUUCAUUCUUUUGGGGGUGGGGUAUUUGCAUAUUCUAUACUUGUGUUAUUCAUCGCAUACUCUCAUAUAUAUAUUUUAUAUAGGAACACUCGAAUUUGUGAAAGCUUUUGUUUUUCAUCGGAUUCCUAUUGUUUUUAUUUCUUAAAAAUUCACACACUCACAUAUAGUCUGUCUCUCUGAAUUUCUCUUUUCAAAAUAUACACUCAAGAGUUUCAUAUAAAUCCAUAGAAUUCGUACAGGAAAACAAAAACCCAAUUAUUUCAUUCUUCAAAAAACAAAUUUAUAGAAACAAAGAGAGAUAGUGAGAGAGAAAUAGAAAGCAAACACAUAUAGGGUGAGUGAAUUUGAAGUUAACAAAACAAAGAAAAAAAAAAUAGAGGAAGUUUAUAGAGAGGAUGUUGGCUGGGUGUUCUAGUUCCACAUUGCUGUCACCGAGGCAUAGAUUGAGGAGUGAAGCACCUGCACAGUUCCAAGCUUGCCAUUUCCAGCUCCCUUCAAUGAGCACACAGAGAUUGGACUUACCAUGUACUUUCUCUCGCAAAGACACUUCACGCUCGCAGCCCAUUAGGCCGGUUGGGCUCUCGGUUGAGAAGCCAAUUGAAUCCAAGACCAGCACUUGUUCUCUUAAGCAGAACAUCCGGCUUCCUCCUUUGGCUACAAGUGCUCAAACAACCAAUGCUCAGACUGCAUUUAUUGAAGCUGCGAAGAGAGAGAUUAAAGAUGAGUUUUGGGGGGAGAAAGGAAAGAGCUUGAAGAAGAAGAGGUUUGCGGAGCAAGGAUCAGUUGACGAGUCAUGCAUUAGCAGGGCCAAGAGGAAAAGGGGUAGCAGUGAUAAUGGGAAAAGCAAUGACAUUCUUGAAGGUGGAGGUGAUAGUUUGAGUUUAGGUCAAUUGGGUGCUGGGAGCUUUUGGUUUCAACCAAGUUUUGAGGUGUCGCGAAGUUUCACAGGCCUUAUUAACCCCCCUCAAGUUCCUUUUACUCUGACAUGUUCAGGGGAUGAAGAGAGGGUUUGUUAUGUGCCUGGUGAAGUGAUUCAACAGCCUUUGUCAAACAAUCCUUGGGUGAACUCAGUUGUGACUGAGAUUACAGUCACAGACCUUGGUGAGAAGGAUGGUGAGACAAGCCAUGGGCCAGUGAAGGAAGCCUCAGGUUCGAGUACUUCAUCAGAGAGCCAAAGCUUGGGCCUUAGGUUACAUGAGAAUGUCUCAGAACAAGAAGUGGGAAAUGGGUCUAAUAGGAAUCCUUAUUCAUAUGAGGGCAAUGAAGUGGAGGCUAGGGAGGAGGAGAACAACAACCAAGUGGAGCACCAGGGGUUUGAGCUUGUCAGCUUACUUACAGCUUGUGUUGAAGCAAUUGGAGUAAGGAAUACUGCAGCCAUUCACCAUUUUAUAGCUAAAUUGGGUGAGCUUGCUUCGCCAAAAGGAAGCCCUAUUAGCCGUUUGUCUACUUAUUACACUGAAGCUUUAGCAAUACGAGUCACAAGGCUUUGGCCUCAAUUUUUCCAUAUUAAUGCACCUCGGGAGCUUGAUCGGGUGGAUGAUGAAUCUGGAACUGCAUUAAGGCUUUUAAACCAGGUGAGCCCAAUUCCGAAGUUUCUUCAUUUCACUUCAAAUGAGAUAUUGUUGAGGGCUUUUGAAGGGAAAGACAGGGUUCACAUUAUAGAUUUCGACAUUAAGCAAGGGCUUCAGUGGCCUAGUUUGUUCCAGAGCUUAGCUUCUAGGACUAAUCCUCCAAGCCAUGUUAGAAUCACGGGUAUUGGUGAGUCCAAACAAGAACUAAAUGAAACAGGAGAUAGGCUUGCUGGAUUUGCUGAAGCAUUGAACCUGCCUUUCGAGUUUCAUCCGGUAGUGGACAGGCUGGAAGAUGUGAGGCUGUGGAUGCUUCAUGUGAAGGAGCAAGAGAGUGUGGCUGUGAAUUGUAUUUUCCAAAUGCACAAGACGCUCUAUGAUGGAACUGGAGGAGCACUCAGGGACUUUUUGGGACUGAUUCGAAGCACAAACCCCACGAUAGUCCUUAUGGCAGAGCAAGAAGCUGAACACAAUGACCCCAGGUUGGAAACAAGAGUUUCCAAUUCACUGAAAUACUACUCUGCCAUAUUUGACUCUAUUGGUUCUAGCCUUCCCUUGGACAGCUCGGUGAGGCUAAAGAUAGAGGAGAUAUUUGGGCGCGAAAUUAGGAACAUUGUUGCUUGUGAAGGAAGGGACAGGUUUGAGAGGCAUGAGAGGUUUGAGAAGUGGAGGAAGUUGAUAGAGCAAGGAGGAUUUCGAUGCUUGGGAAUUACUGAGAGGGAAAUGCUUCAGAGCCAAAUGCUGUUGAAGAUGUACUCUUGUGAGAACUUUAGUGUUAAGAAGCAAGGGCAAGAUGGAGUGGCACUUACUUUAGGUUGGCUAGAUCAGCCUCUUUACACAGUCUCGGCAUGGGCGCCCAUUGAUGUUGCAGGCAGUUCAUCCUCUUAUUCCCAUCCAACUUGAUUGCUGCAGGUUUUCUUUUCUUCAUACAUUCCAUUACAUUUCAUUCCGUUCUUGCAUACAGAAAGGGAGGGAUACAGAAUUCUUUGUAGGUAGGAAACCUGUCAUCAUUCUUUCAUUCUUUUGUUGCAGAUAAGAUUGUCAGUCCAUAGUGUCAGAAUUAUUUGUAUGAAUACAGUAGGUCGAUACUGAUUUCAGUUGUUGCAGGUCAGAUUCCUAGAUUUCAGACACUAGUAUUUGGAGUCAAUUUGUGUUUAUUCUUUCAUUCUUUAUGUAAGCUGAAAUUCUUUGUUAGUCAUUUUUCAUUCUAUUGUCUUUGUUGGAGGGUUACUCAUGAACCAUAUGUAGUCAGAAACUGGAUUUGUUAUAUAUGAUAUGAUAUGAUUUCAUUGAUU